UUUGUCAAACAGAGAGGGCAGACGGCACGCUAUUUUCGCGUGCUAAUUAUUGUUAUUAUCAUUGUCAUCUGAUCCGGAUUAGAAAACAAGUUCUCCUGGUUUCGGUUUCGAAUCCGAUUGCUUCGAAAAAAAUCCAAAACCUAACAAACACAGAAAAGCGAGAGAAUAGGAUUCUCGGCGCUCCUUAAUCGCUCUGUACAGCAUGCCUCAUUGAAGCCGAUAAGCACGGCUUUGUUUUUUUGUGUAAUUUUCGUGUGCGAUUAAUUGACUGGUUCUGUAAAAUUUUACGGGGUGUAGGUUUAUUUUGAGUUUUUCUUGAGGGCUAAGUAUGGCGGAGGGGAAGUUUUGAGCGUGAUUUUCCAAGGCUGUUUCUAGGGCCGAAGAGAAACAGCCCUGGGGUAUAUGCUGAGAGGGGUUUCUUUUGAGGGAUGAGGAACGCCGGCAAUGAUAAUAAAUUGCACGGGCGAGGAGGCCAAGGAUCGAAUCGUAGCAGUAGCAACGGCAGAGGAUUUUUCCCCAAUUCUUUGAGAGUUAUACAGAACUACUGGCGGAGUGCCACUAGCGUGGCCUCUACAGUUCGCUCGGCUGGUGCCUCUGUUGCAUCCUCGCUUUCCCUUCCCGAGGACGACUCCCACCGCGACCAGGUGCAGUGGGCUGGAUUCGACAAGCUAGAAGUCAGAGAAAAUGUAGUUCGCAGUGUUCUCUUGCUUGGCUUUAUGAAUGGCUUCCAAGUUUGGGAUAUAGAGGAUGUUGAUGAUGUGCGGGAGCUGAUCUCGAAACAGGAUGGACGAGUUGUAUUUCUGCAGAUGCAGCCAAGGCCAAUUAUCACAGAGCAAGCAGAUGAUAAAUUUAAUGCUGCUCGGCCACUACUGUUGGUUGUUACAGGAGAUGGAACACCAGCUGGAGGGAACGUUCAAAAUGGAUAUGGCUCUGGAUAUGGGGGAGGUAUUGGAAAUCCUUCUCAACCAGGGAGCAACAACUUUGUGCCUACAGUAGUUCUGUUUUACUCCCUGAGAACCCACAGUUAUGCACAUGUACUAAGGUUCAGACAAGCUGUCUACACAGUUCGGUGCAGUCGGCGAUUUGUAGCCAUUGCCCUUGCGUCUCAAAUACGCUGUUACGAUGCAAUAACUCUUGAAGAUACAUUCAGUGUACUCACAUACCCUAUCCCUCAAGGUGUACAAGUGGCUGGAAGCAUAAAUAUAGGCUAUGGCCCAUUGGCUGUGGGUCCACGGUGGUUGGCGUAUGCUGGUAAUCAAGCUCUAUUUUCAAGUACAGGCCGUAUCAGUCCUCAACAUCUUACUCCCUCUCCUGGUGCGAGUCCAUCUACAUCACCUGCAAAUGGAAGCUUAGUUGCACAUUAUGCAAAGGAAUCAAGUAAGCAAAUUGCAGCAGGGAUUGUGACCCUUGGAGAUAUGGGAUACAAGACAUUCACAAAGUACUGCUCUGAGUUUCUUCCAGAUGGAGCUAAUUCUCCAAGACCAGGAAGCCCAAGCUGGAGGCAUAGCACUAAUGGUUUACCUGGGCAUGCACAUGAGCCAGAUUAUGCUGGAAUGGUUAUUGUGAGAGAUUAUGUUAGCAAAUCAGUUGUUGCUCAAUUUAGGGCACAUACCAGCCCCCUCUCUGCAUUAUGCUUUGAUCCCAGUGGCACUCUUCUUGUGACUGCAUCUGUUCAUGGGCAUAAUCUUAAUGUUUUUCGAAUUAUGCCCUUUUUAGGUGGUAAUGGCUCAAGUUCUUCAAGCUUUGAUGUGAAUACUUCAUAUGCACAUCUCUACAAGCUCAGUCGUGGUGUUACAAAUGCGGUCAUACAGGACAUAAGUUUUAGUGAUGACAGUCACUGGAUUGCUAUCAGCUCAUCCAGGGGGACAAGCCAUUUGUUUGCCAUAUCACCUUUUGGUGGUGCUGUGAGCUUGCACACCCAUGAGGGAAAUCUUGUAGAUGAAAGCAGGGCCUCCUUAUUGGUACCUAGUCGAACAAUUCAUUGGUGGUUAAGCCCUGGGCCAUUGAGGGCAAAUCAGCAGCCCCUUCCACAGCCUGCACCUGCUAUAACCUUAUCAGUUGUCAACAGGAUAAAGAAUGGGAAUGGUGGUUGGCGAGGUACUGGUGCCAUUGCUGCUUUUUUCCGUAGUGGAGGUGGUGGGCGCAGCAUGCAAUCUGAGAGUGCAAAUUUCAGUUCAAAGGAUGAGCUCUGGAUUUUCUCUCCUUCUGGACAUGUCAUACAAUACUCUUUGCGGCUAUCUAACGGGGUAGAAACAGAGAAACUUAGAAAAUGGGAUGUUUGUCAAAUACCAAUCAGGGUGGAAAGAGAAGAGGAUAUAGAAAACCUUUCUAAACAUGCGACUUCAAGUGAGCUGCCAGGCAGAAAUGGUUUAGGACACUAUAAAAAUGGAACCAUUCCAAGCAACAGCCAAGGGCUAGGAAAAGGAGGGAUUGACUUGGAAGAGAAGCAUCAUUGGUACCUGUCGAAUGCUGAAGUGCAGAUGCUACAAACUAGGACUCCUAUAUGGGCAAAAUCUGAGGUAUAUUUUCAAGUGAUGAGGCCUGAAUGUAUGGAUGCUGCAAUUUUCAAUGAAGAUGCAUAUUCUGGGGAGAUUGAAAUUGAAAAGGUUCCAACGCGUGUUCUUGAAGUUGGGACAAAAGACCUGAUACCUGUUUUUGACAAUUUCCAAGAUUUUAAAGAAGUCCACAAGGAAAGAGCCUCUUUCCAUGGAAGUCUUGCAGGUGCUAAAACUAUGAACAUCCAUCAACAUAAAGACGAAAUUACACAAUAUGGAAUGGAUGGUACAAACUUUAGUUGUGGACCCAUACAACGUUCCAGCAGUGGUAGUAGCUGUGGUUCUGCAGGUGGAUUUCUCGCUGGACACACGAUUGUAGCAAAUGGCUAUCAUCAUGCACAUCAAGACUCCCAAGAUCACAUGGAUAGAGGAUUUUAUUCAGAUUCGCCGACCACUUUUUUUCAUCAUCUCCCAUGUCCGACAUCAUCAGGAAAGGAAGAAUUAUUAGAGCCAUCAAAUAAUUUUAAGGUCACAAAUAUGAAUUUGAAUGGGAAGUCAAAUCCAGCUGCUAUUUGGCAGCAACCUAUGGAUAUUCCUAGAGGCAACAGAGUUGCUGAUUGCAAUAUACAGGCACAUGUGAAUUCAGUCCAGAUGAAUAACUGCUCAAGAAGUCUCCCAGCUAAUGGUUGUGGAUUGGGCAAGAAAUAUGUUGUCAAUGGUGAUGUUAGUGAUACUGUGGGGGUAAUUUUUGAAGGACACAUCACGGACAAUCUUGCAUCUGCCAAGACAGACAUGGACUAUAAUUUAAGUUCAAAAGUUUCCAGGGCAAAUGUUUGCCAGGUGGAUGAAGAGAACGAGAAUCAUUCAACAACUUCAGAAGUGCUUGUUAAGGGUAUAUCAAGUUCAACACAGCAUUUGAUUGAAAGUCAUAUCCGUAACAUGGAUCUUGCUAUAAAUGGUUCUGAAAACCAGUUACAAAAUGAGGAUGUGGUGGGGGAUGCUAGGGACACUGAUCAUUGUAGCACAAAGGAGGAUUCCUUGAGAGGGGAACAUGAAGAGGAUGCCUGGGAAGGAGGCAUGUUCCCUUUCUGUGAUGAAGAGUGAGCACUGGAUCAUCCUCAAUGAGCUACUGGGGUGUGUUCGUAUGAACCAGCACUUAACCCACUGCAAGUGAUAAUGCUUAAAGGAUGUUUAAAGCUGCAGCGUUUUAAAUAUUUUCUGGUCCUGAAAUCCAUUUGACAACUUAAACCUUAACCCUUCAGUUGUAAAUUAAAUGAAGGAAUUCUAAUCAACUUUCUAUGUCGUAGGGAUUGUGAAGAGUUCUAUAGAUAAUUGUUGAUUUCUUGUAUGUGGAGUCUAGAAGAAGACUCUUAAUCUGGUUUUUGGGCAUUUUCAUCUGCUGGGCUUUCCUGUGUGCCAAGCCAAUCCGGAAUCAACUCAACUUGCAGAUUUCACCGUCAUGAUUGGGAGGAUGAAACCCAAAGUAUGGGUCAUCAUGAUUAUGUUUAUCAUGUAUUAGCUGACAAACAAUGGUUUUCAGUUAAUCAUUUGGCAGUCCAGAAUCCUAGAAAGAUAUUGAGUGAAAUUCGGAUUAUAAUAAGGCAAAGUGGCAUUAUCUCGUUGUUGGGUUAGCAUUGGAAAGAAAAGGCUUCGUGUUGGCCACUAGCCAGAGAUAUUUUUGUACAUAAUCUGUAAAGAAAGUUGUGCAGGCCCAUUCUUGGGUUAAUUGGAAUUUGUUGGCAGGGAUCAAAAUGAUCCUCAUUUGUUAAGUAAGCUAUUAUUUAUUUGCA